CAGUCGCUGAGGAAAACACUGCGUCAUACACACAACAGUGGGCAAUCCACGGCCCAGAUUAAAAGAAACAAGAAGGUCAGAAAGCGCAAACGCUGUCAACAGUAAGCCGAGCGGCGGCCCCAGUGUUCACCACAAAGCAGAACAGGGUAUAAAACAUCACCUCCAUGUCAAACCACUUCCUUCAUGACUAGUGUGUGAAAAAAACAACAGUAAACAGUGGGUACAAAUAUUGUCUUGUAGUAGAAAAGCCAGAGAUUAGAUUAGUCUGUGGUUACAUCCAUCAAGUAUUCUGCUGGUUUGUCCUUAUCUGCCAGCCUCCCACCUACUCUAUUUGUGUUUGGAUGAGAGCGAAGUCUGAAAAUAAAUUUAGCAACGUGUUGAAAUAAUCUAAAUUUAAAGUUCAUUGGACAGUUUUUGUAUUCAGUAGACUAUAUAACUAAUAUUUUUAUGUUAAAAAGAUAAAAUUAGAAGUCAUUUGCUCCUGAAUUUCAAUCUUGGAUAUCGUAAGAAAGUGUCUGGACUGCGUUUAGAGCAUUUAAAUGGGACACUGAAACUGACAACUGAAAACCAGAGGGACAACUUUACGGGGUUAGCAGCAAUGUGACUCAUCAACUCAAUGCGACGGAAAACAUUAUUAAUUUAAUCAAAACGUUUAUAAGUGAUUAUGUAAAAAAGACAAUUUCACUGUAGACCUUCUCAGCUGGAAGCUUGAGGCUUUGCCUUCUGAGGUCUAAUUAAGGGCUCACCACUUUUUCUUUUUGAAAAACAAAUUCUUGUUUGGGGUCUCAUCUUUUAUGUGACAGUGCUUAUGUGAGAAAACUGAAUGCUGCAGGAAUUUUUCCUUUCAAGGAGCAAUCAGUGUCAGUCUUGGUCUGUCAGCUCACCCAUUUGGUCCUCACUGAACAACUAUUGGAUGUUUUUGCCAUGUUUUGGGGUUUUUGUUUUUAUUUUCAACAGUACAGUGGUUUCAAAAUGAACAAAAAACAGUUUGGGAAGAUUUGAAAGAUAAGUUUGGGUCUCCACCAAAACACCGGGGCCAAAGUGAUAUGUGCCUUCCUUUUUUCAAAGAAAUGGCAGGUGUGGACAUGCAACCUCUACAGUAUUUUCACCACAGUGUGUCACAAUCACACUUCCUCUUAACACCCCCAUAUAGAGAAAAGUUGCACACUGUUGCAUUUCUCAUCUUGGAUCCAAUUACAAGAAAAGUGACACUGAUUAAAAAAACAGGUCACAAGCCAGAUGGUUUUAUCUUUGUAUAAUUUGAGGCAUUUCUCCCAGCAUCCUCAGCAGGCUCUGAGUUCACUUAGCUGACGUUGGUGUUUUGGUGGUGUUUGUUCUUAUAAUUAUUGUUUUAAAAAGAUUUUUGGCAUCUUUAACCCUUUAUUAGAGUCAACAGUACUGAUAUGACCCCAAAUGAUGGGACAGAGAGAUUAGACAAAGGUAUCUCACUGGAUUCAAACCUAGGAUGACUGGCGCCUUAACCCCCUGUUCAACAGAACACAAAAUCAAAAUAACAUCCAGUGACAAAAACACUAUUUUAAUUAUUCAUAAGAUGGUAGUGGGUCGUCUGAAUUAACUAAAUUUGUUCUGGAGACUGAAACUGCAAAUACCAGUUCAUGUUGUCUGGUGUUGAGAGUGUUUGUGUAUUAUUAAUUCUUACAAAAAGGUAUCAGUAGAAUGAAAUUACUGUCGGUUUUCAGUGUUGUAGAAGUGAGUCUCAGUAUGAGAACAAGGUGGGGGACCUUUUUGUUUUGUUUGUUUGUUUUAACAGCAGACUAGAAAACAAACUUUCCACAUCCCAAGGAAUCACAAGACUAGUAAAGUGUCAUACAAGCAUUUCAAAGGAAAAACUAAAGGAACAAUUUCCAUUUCAUGUUUUUUUUUUUUUUAUGUAAAAUUAAGGUAGCAGGUUUUGUAAUAUAAUGUAAAAUAAAGUAGAAGCAGUACAUUAUUGUUCACUUGUAGUGGUUUGAUGCAAUAAUCUCAAAGCUCAAGGUUUUUCCAGCACUUUCAACUGCAUUUAAUGAUGAUCUCCAGCUGCUGAAAGCUGUUAAGUGGAUUGUAGAUUAUUUUGUCAAACUACUGUUUUUGAGGACAACAAUGAACUUUCACGCAUUACGAAGUGAAAGUGGUGUAUUCAUGAUUGAAUCAUUUGCUAAUGAAUGUAAUAUUUUUGCAUUUCCAAACAGCAGCUCAUCACUCUGUAUGUGUGCAUCCUUUAACGAGCUACACGCGCUUCAUGCUGUAUUUUAGCGGGACAUCAUAUGUGGCAUUGUCUAAUUACAUGACACUGACUAUUAAAAUGAUGUUCGAUAUUCGUGUCCCUCAUGAAAGAUGUGUGUGUGUCCUGCUAAGCUCAUUGUAACACAGGAAAUGAAGACGGUCUUCUAGAAAGAGCAGCAGCAGCAGAAGCAGCAGAGAGACGAACAGAGCUGCUGUCGAGAUGAAAACACAAAUGAUGAGAGUGCUGCUGCUCAGCAGUUUGCUUCUAACAGGUGUGAUGUGUGUAAAAAACGCUGUGUUUGUGUACAGCAAACUUGGAGGUGACGCCCUCCUGCCAUGUAACGACCUUGUUUCACGAGACUGCUCCCUCAUCUCCUGGACCUUCUACAAAGGCGGCGAUGUGCGGUACACUGAGGAGGUCAGCGGGGGGAAGGUGAGAGCGGACUCAGACAAAUCCAGCCGCCUGUCCAUCACAUCCAACUGCUCCCUCAGCCUCCGUGACCUCAGGGUCGACGACGCCGGCUCCUAUCUCUGUCUGUGGGAUGGUAAACGCCUCACUGAUGUUUACCUCUCUCUCCUCACCAUCACUUCACUUUCCACCAUCACUGAUCUGCAGCCUGGAGGACACCUCACCCUGAGCUGCAUCUUGUUCACCUACUAUGAUGCAGGGAGCUGCAGGAAGUACUCCAGCAUGUUCAACCUCAGCUGGGUGGCUGAGGAUGGUUCUGUGCUGCCCAAAGACAGCAGGGACGAGCUGAUUGGGGGCACUCGCUGCAACACCACCCUGGUCACAAAGCUCCAGAGGGAAGACAAGAACAGGAAGUUGAGGUGUCAAGUGACGACCACAGAAAACAGCAGGGUGGCGUUUCUGGACUUCACGGCAGCCUUUUUGUUUGAAAAUCAUCCCACUGCCCAGAAUCUGACUAAUUCAGCCACCAUGGGGUGUCCAGUAGAACUGCCCAUCAGCCGCAUCAUGCUCUGUGUGGCUCUGCCAGUCAUGGUGAUCAUAGUGGGAUUCUUCACAAGGAGAGGAGGCCGUAAGAGGACCAAAGCAUUUGCAGCUGGAAUAGAGCUUCAGGAAAUGAAUUGACUGUUCAAGCAUGAUUUCUCUCCAUUUUCAAGCCCCAAAUCUCAUCCCAGACAUUUGCCAUGUUACAGACGUUUUGUGCGUUACAAUUGAGAUUUUGGCUUUUUAGAUUUUAGGCUAGACAUCUGUAAAGAGUGCCAGUUGUAAAGCGAAAACUUCACAAACAAAUUGUUUAUCAAACUCAAAAAUCUAAAACAACGUUGGGUGACGAUUGAAAUGAACCAUAAAGAUAAAUAUCAAGAAAAAUAAACUCCUGCACAUUGGCUUUUCUUCAUAACUGCAUGAUUUCUUGUUAUAAAAUUCUUCAGGCAACAAAUACAGUUUCAUCGAGCUUAAUAUGUCAGUUUGCAAAUGUAUAUCAUGUAUUUCACAAAGAAACUGGAAAAAUCUGAACAGAAGUGAAAAAAGAAAGAGGUAAAGUAAUUUAAUGCAAAAAAUAUAAUUCAAUUUCGAAUUCAAGUUUCACAAUCAUAUCCAAAUCUCAUUUAUUGUUGUUUUUUUGGCAUUGAACAGCUUCCCCUCUUCUGUGUAUAAUUUAUUAAGAAUGUAUUUAAGAAGUCAUUGAAAUUUCACAGGAGCUACAGACUUUAUUAAACAAGCAGCUGUUGUUUCUAAAGUACAGGCAGAGUUGCUGGUAGUUAUUUAAUAGAAGUAGCAUUAGCUGUAGUCGUAGUUGGACAACUGUUAGUAUUAGCAGUGUAGAUCUCUGUAGCUUAAAUGUUGGUGGUGUAAUAGGUAAAGCCAGAUAAAAGGAGCAGCUCUCCCUCAGGAACUCCUUUGAGCACAUCAGCUGCUGCAGUGGAUGUUCGCUCAAGUCUUCGUGACACUGCUUCUGUCAUAGAAGUCAAACUGUGAAGUGUCGUGUUUAGAAAGCAACAGUAUUAUGAGCGGGGGAGGAAAAAGAAUGACUUUAUGAAUAAAUAUGUCAUAAUGUCAGUUACAGUUGUGUGUAUUUGAAUCAUCUGUAUUCUCUAAAAAAGUGCAUUAAAUUUACCACAAAAA